AUGGAUCUGCAGGAAAGAAGAGAGUUGGUACAACAGGCGAAGCUGUCUUUCAACUGCUUACGGGCUUCACAUCCAGCGAAAUCGUGUCCCUCGAAAUCAGUGUGCCAUACACCGGACUGCAAGCAGCGGCACCAUACGUUGCUGUGCCCAAAGGCGAGCAAGGUGAAGGAAACACUAACGACAGCAAGCAACCCAACCAAAGAUCCACCAACUGACGGUGAGGAACAGGCGAUUUCGUCGCUCAUGGCAGCAGUUGAGAAGCAACCAUCGAUUCCGGUGUUUCCAACAGCUGUAGUGCAGGUGCGAAAGGAAGAUGGUACGUUUGCUCGUGCUAGGGUACUUAUUGAUUCUGGUGCACAGGCAUCGAUGGUCACGGAGGAUUGCCUACGGAAGCUAGGACUCGUCAGGCGUUAUGGGAAGCUAGUGGUUACUGGUAUCGGACAGCAAGCUGCAGGUACCACUCGCGGAAUCGUCACGCUGCAUCUUGCAUCUCGAUUCAACGAAGUCAUUGUGAUCUCUACAAGUGCGUACGUCCUUGGCAAGUUGACGUCGUCUCUUCCAUCGCAAAGGUUCAACAGCGGAAACCUGAAGCUUUUGGAAAACGUCAGGGAAACCUUCAACAAACCUGGACAAAUUGAUGUGAUUCUUGGAUCAGAUGUCUUUCUUGCUCUCUUGGAGGGAGGCCAAGUCAAGGACAACAGCGGCCAAACGGUGGCCCAUGCGUACUGUUUUCGGAUGGAUCGCAGCGGGACGAUACGACGAAGCAGAGACCAUGCAAGGGAAUCAUGGCAUUGUGAGUUUGCAUACGAAGAUGGAUCUAAAUCGAACGCUGCAGCAGUUUUGGGAGUACGAGGAGAUAAACAAGCCACCUCAGUUCACUCCCUUGAUCAUUUCAAUUCUACCACCCAACGCGAUAGCUCAGGGCGCUUCGUCGUAAAACUGCCUUUUGACGAUUCGAAGCCCGCCCUCGAAGAGUCCCUAUCAGCUGCGAUGAAGAGGCUCUUUGCUAUGGAGAAGCGAUUUGCUUCAAACCCGGAAUUCCGGAAGGAAUAUGUCAGCUUCAUGCGCGAGUAUUUGGAGCUUGGCCAUAUGGAACCAGUUCCGGCAAAUCAAGUGGUAAAAAUUGGUUCCGAGCACUACUAUUUACCGCAUCACGCGGUGAUCAGAGUGGACAGCAGCACAACAAGACUUCGCGUCGUUUUUGAUGCUUCUUGUGCCACUUCUACUGGAAUAUCGCUCAACGAUCGGUUGUUGGCGGGGCCCAACAUCAACGAGGAUUUACUAUCAGUGCAUUUGCGGUUUCGCUCGUACAAGGUGGCGUUUUGUGCGGACGUAGCUAAAAUGUACCGCCAAGUGGUAAUGCAUGAGGAAGACCGUGAUUUUCUGCGUAUCGUAUGGCGUGAGGACUCUGAGAAGCCAGUGGAACACUAUCGUCUUUCUAUGGUGACGUACGGUACGAAAACCGCACCAUACCUUGCAAUUCAAGCGAUGAGAGAAUCUACCAUAGGAUAUGAAACUACGCAUCCGGAAGCAGUAAAGCGAAUCAUUCAUGACUUCUAUGUGGAUGACGCAUUGUCGGGAGCAGAUAAUGAAGAGGAGGCUAUGUGCAUCAAGGAACAGAUCACCGAAAUUCUAUCGAAGUCUGGUUUCGAGCUUAGGAAGUGGACAUCGAGCUGCCCCAAACUGUUGGAGAAUGAAGUGUCAGAAUCAGUUCCAGUGAAACUUUCGGAUGAUGCGGAUGUAGUUAAAGCGUUGGGAAUCUACUGGUACCCGAGCGAAGACCAGUUUGGAUUCAAGGUUAACUUUUCGGCUGAUAGCGUUAACACCAAACGUCAGAUGAUUUCGGAUGCGUCAAGAUUGUUUGAUCCUUUUGGCUGUGAUAGUGAAAAUCAAGAUUUUGUAUCAACAAUUGUGACUGUACGACAUCAACUGGGAUGA